AUUAUGGCACAAGGAGUACAGCUUCACCUUCAGGACGAUCGCCAUGUGGUGAUGGACAAUGGUAUUCUCCAAGUGACAUUAUCAGUACCAGAUGGCAUUGUAACCGGAAUCAGAUACAAUGGCGUCGACAAUUUUCUUGAGGUUCUUAAUGAUGAAACAGACAGAGGAUACUGGGACGUUGUCUGGAGCUCGACAGGAACUACAGGAAAAUUUGACAGCCUCAUAUGCACAACCUAUAAUGUCAUAUUGCAAACAAAUGAUCAAAUAGAGCUGUCCUUCUCAAGGGAAUGGGACGUGUCGCUUCAGAACAAACUUAUUCCUCUGAACAUAGACAAGAGGUUUAUAAUGCUUAAAGGUUCCUCAGGAUUCUAUUCUUAUGCAAUUUAUGAACAUUUAAAGGGAUGGCCUGGUUUCAACCUUGACGAGAAUAGGAUUGCAUUUAAGCUCAGAAAAGACAAGUUUCAUUACAUGGCCGUGGCAGAUAACAAGCAGAGAUAUAUGCCUUCACCUGAUGACAGGUUACCACAUAGAGGAAAACCACUUGCUUAUCCAGAAGCAGUCCUACUUGUCAAUCCCAUCGAGCCUGAGUUCAAAGGCGAGGUCGAUGAUAAAUACCAGUACUCGUGUGAAAAUAAAGACAACAAGGUCCACGGCUGGAUAUCUAUGAAUCCACCUGUGGGAUUCUGGCAAAUUACUCCGAGUGAUGAAUUCCGAUCUGGUGGACCUGUCAAACAGAACCUUACAUCCCAUGUUGGUCCAACUACUCUAGCUAUGUUUAUAAGCUCUCAUUACGCUGGGGAUGAUCUAAUACCAAAGUUUGCUCAAGGCGAAGCCUGGAAGAAAGUUUUUGGCCCCGUGUUUAUAUACGUUAAUUCUGUUAAGCAGGGAGGACAUCCUAUUGCUCUAUGGCAUGAUGCCAAGAUACAGAUGCAACAUGAAGUUCAAAGCUGGCCUUACAGUUUUCCAGCAUCAGAAGAUUUUUCAUCAGCAAAUCAAAGAGGCAAUGUUAGUGGUAGACUUUUGGUACAAGACAAGUACAAGAAUCAAGGUCAUAUACCAGCAAAUGGCGCUUAUGUUGGGCUUGCUCAACCAGGAGAAGCUGGUUCAUGGCAAAGAGAAUGCAAGGGCUACCAAUUUUGGGCUAAAACAGACAACAAUGGAAACUUCUCAAUAAAAAAUAUAUGUCGCGGUCACUACAAUCUUUAUGCAUGGGUCCCUGGAUUCAUUGGGGACUAUGUAUAUAAGAAACUCAUUUCUGUAACUCCAGGUAGUAGAAUUAAUGUGCACGAUAUCGUAUAUCAGCCUCCAAGAAAUGGCCCCACAUUAUGGGAAAUAGGGAUUCCUGAUCGUACUGCUGCAGAGUUUUUUGUUCCUGACCCUAACCCGAAAUUCAUCAACAAGCUUUUCAUCAAUCAUCCUGACAGGUUUAGGCAAUACGGAUUGUGGGAUAGGUGCUCCGAGUUACAUCCAACCGAUGACCUUGAGUAUGUAAUUGGAAAAAGUGACUAUAGAAAAGACUGGUUUUUUGUUCAGGUUCCAAGGAGUAACAAUGAUGGCACAUAUCAAGGAACGACAUGGAGAAUCAUAUUCAAACUUGAUUCAGUCAAUCAAAGCAGAAUGUAUAAAUUGCGCAUUGCAAUUGCUUCUGCAUCUUUAGCUGAAGUGCAGGUUCGAGUGAAUAAUCCGAGCACAAACCAGCCUCUAUUUACAACCGGAUUGAUUGGAAAUGACAGCUCAAUUGCUAGGCAUGGAAUUCAUGGAUUAUACUGGCUGCACAAUAUAGACAUACAUGGGAAUCUGCUAGUGACAGGGGACAACACCAUAUACUUAGGCCAACCAAGACGCCAAAGUCCUUUCCAUGGGAUUAUGUAUGACUAUAUUCGUCUCGAAGCACCACCAAACUAAGCAAAUAAUAGUAUAAUUCUAACACUCUAUUUGGUUGUAUUGCAUAUUGUAUUAUUUUGAAUGAAUAUAAUGUUUGAAUAGAUUGUAUCAUAUUGAAAUCAACUCUCACAAUAUUGAGGAUGUAACUAAUUACAUGUCACACCACAACCAAUGAUAUGUAUUGUUUG